GAGGGAUACAUUAUUGCAUUUGGAAUGUUUUACACUCAGUGUGUCUGUGGCACUGGAUGAGUGGACUGAGGAAAGCCUGCAGCUGUGUGUGUGUUUUUAAGUCUACCUUACAGUGUUUUCCACUGACGAGAUAAAUUGUAAAGCAAUGAUGUGCGUUCCCCUGUGUCUUGCUUUGUGGACCGUUGGUGUGUUGUUUUCUCAGGGAGAAUGUGCAGUGCAGAUCAGCAGACCGCUGAGAUUAACCAAGGUCUCAGGCUUCAGCUGGGAGAACUGUGGAAAGGGUGAAGAUCCAGCUGUUAUGAAGGGUCUGGAUCUGUCUCCAGAUCCCAUUAACAUUCCUGGAGAUUUGACAGCAAGUGCAGCUGGGAGAACCUCAGUGCCUCUGGUGUCCUCCCUCUCUGUAAAUGUCACUCUGGAGAAAGAAGUGGCUGGAUUCUGGGUCAAGGUCCCUUGUGUGGACGACCUAGGGAGCUGCCACUAUCAGGAUAUCUGUAGUAUACUGGAUCAGCUCAUUCCUCCAGGUCAGAACUGUCCUGAGCCUCUAUACACGUACGGCCUUCCGUGUCACUGUCCCUUCAAAGCAGGUGACUACACUCUACCUCAGUCUGUUUUUGCCCUACCAAAAGUGGAGCUGCCUUUCUGGUUGACCAACGGUCAAUAUCGUGUCCAAGGGGUGCUGGGAAACUCGGGCAAAGAGCUCGGAUGCUUAAAAGUUACACUCACUUUACAUUCAGGUUAACGACCACAACAGAGAAGCUGUUUGGGAUCCUUUAUCGCACAAUGCAUGCUGUUCUGUUCGUACACAUUCUGUUCUUCAGUGGAGCAAUUUAGAAACCUGCUAAAUUGGGAAAUUAACAGGAACUUCAAGGAUCACUUUGAAUUGUAGAUCAUGUUUUGUUUUUUGUUUUUUGCUUUUACGAUUUACUACUAAUUUAUUAAUAAAAAUUAACAUACUUUAAAAUUUAACUUCAUCAAAAAAAAAAACAAUCAUUUUUAGUAUUUGUUAAUGUGAUUUUGUUAAUAAUGACUUCUUACAAGUACUUUUACAUUAUGUAUAUAUUUCCUGUUUAGUGCAAAAAAAAUUAAAUAAAAAAUACAUUAAGUAUUUUUCUUUUGCUUUCCUUCCUUUUGCUUAACGCAAAUAUUUUAAAUCCAGGAAUUUCAUGGGCAAAAGCAUUAUUAUUAUAUUUUUAUUUAUUUUUUAUUUGUAUGAUCUAACUAUUUAGAAAUUAGGCAUUAUUUAAACACAUCUAAUAAUAUUUUGUGGGGCUUUUUUUAUAAUGUUUGUAUAUUUCUGAAAUUUUAGGCUUCGUAUUGUUGCCUUAGUGUUACAAGAAUUUGGAUUGAUUUCAAUUCAAACAAGCUAUGAACAAAAGUGUAAUAUAUAGGUAUUUUUUUAAAAAGGAUAGUAUAAAAACAAGAUUUUAGUGGUUGUAAAAGAUACUUCUAGUAGAUUAUAUCUGACAGAGUUUAAAAAAAGGAAUCAAUUGUCCCUAUUUAAGAUGCUUUCGCUAUGAGCUUCUCUGAGAUGCUGGUGUUCUACACUUUGAACACCUGAUGGUGAUAAAACACUUUAACCAAUCAUUGUUUCAUCAUAUAUACAUUCAUUGUCUUUUGUUAUGUAAACACACAGUGCAUAUAUACUGUAAAGAUAUAUAAACUGAAUAUAGAAUUCACAAUAGCCUUCCUAACUGUUUUCUGUUAUUCACUAACAAUUUGAAUUCAGUUUAAUAUUUUAAAAACAAGCUCUAACUCUGGUAUAGGCUAGCACUAUUUUUAUUUUAUUUAUAUUAAUUCAUUCCAUUAUUAAUUUAGUUGAAUUUGUUUUUUGCCUGUUUUUAAUAGGUCUUACAGGCAAUAUAAAUAGAAAUGGCCCCAGUUCAUAUUGACACGUGGUAUAUUUUAUAUUCUGCUUUUUGUCAGGACAGAAUUAAACACUUAAAAUUAAUGAUACAUGAUUUUGCACUGUGGGGUCUAAAUAAAAAAAAUGUAUGAUGAGUUAAACGAUUGAUGUUUAUAGUAUAAACAUAUUUACUGCCUUGCAAAACGAUUUGCAAAUAAAUAAAAAUAAAGUGCUGGUUUAUGAUUUCUUCUGCUAAACUAUGGAUGGAAUAGCAGUUUUUUUCCGUUAAGCCACAUAACUCUGUCUAAAUGUGAAAGUAAUAGUCAAAAUAAUGAAGAAGUAUGUUAUUAAGCAACGCAAUCUUUCAUGAUACAGCCACCAUUAAAGACUUUUACUGACUUA